CUUGAAGGCGUCUUGUUCCCUAUCCAAAGAGAACGAGAGGCUGAAGCAGAAGUGCUUUUGGUUCUUGCGCGUGCGCGUGCGGCUGCUGUCGCGCGGUGGCUGGCUGGUGAUAGAUUCUGCACAGCGAUCAGAAGCAUAAUUCUGAGAGUCAUCUUCAUGAGAGCAGCGAGCGUGAGGACGAGUAUGAAUAUGACGAAAGCCCUGAAGCUGAAGCUGAUGAGUUCACGAGAGAACAUCAAACGAGAGGACGACAGCUCCAGCGCUGAAAAGUCCUUACGACGAGGAUCAUUUGUAGUGUCAUGGCGUAGGAAGAGUAUUCAUGGCUGAACUUGAACCUCUGAGCGAAUCCUCCGUGCAACUAUAAGCACCCCCGACCGCGACCCUGGAGGUACCUAUCUGAAUCGUCCAUGAUGGCCUCAGGUUCGGCCGGUAUUUCUUCCUCGGACGAUGGGCACCUGGAUUUCGCGCACAACCACUCGAAGACGUCAAGCAGGCCCAAAGGAGCAGUGACUACGACGAAUAAACCACAACAUAACAUCUCCUCCUCCGAUGAUGGUCAUCUCGACUUCAUGCCGAAGAGCAGACCACUUCCGCAGGCACCCUUUGUUGCGUCCGCCGCAGCGGGAGCGACUGGGAAAUCUUCCUCAAGCACAGCCAAUGUGGGCAACAUGAUGACGUCAAACAACGCAAAUAAUUCAUCAUUCCGGCCACGGGUAAACUCCACCUCCCUGAAUUACGACCAAGAACAAAACGAAGUGUUGAACACCAGCAGCAUGUCAGGCGCAGGAGAACCAUCAAGGCCGCUACAACGCGGAGCGGUAGGCACAUCAACUAUGAAAGCCUCAGGUUGGAAAUCCUCAAAGUGAAAAUAAUUUGUAAUGCAAAAAAAAACGACUCCAGUUGAAGCACCAUUUAUAGUCGGCGCAUGACAAAUUUCCCGGGCUGCACUCAAAACGUGUCUGUCAUGCUAGUGAGGCAAAGGGGUGCGUUUCUGUCAUGCUACUCAGCACUCCAAUCCUUAACCCGUAGAAGCACAAUAGUCGGCUUCCAUUGCGUUCGCUGCAACACAGUCUUUUUGGUGUCGCAUUCCAUGCAUCACAAAUUAUUUCCACUUUGAGGAUUUCCAUUCUGAGGGUGUCAUAUCAACUGGCAUGAUCGGAGGACCACCGCCCCAACAAGUGGACCGGCUUCCUCCUAACCACGUGCCGGUGAGCAGCAUGAAAUGCAAAAGCAUCGUACUAGUAUAAAUUGCAUUACAAAUUCACUUAGCGUUUUUACAAAUCAAAUCUGUAAUGCGGAUUUGCCUUAGUAAAGAGAUUUGUAAUGCAUAAACGCAAUUAGUACGAGUACGAUACUUUUGCAGUUCAUAAGCAGCUCGUCCGAGCAGUUUGUCCGCAAGACCCUCGCAGAGCAGGUGGAUAUCCACAGUAAAUUUCCCGUAGUACACGUACAAAUGCAGUCGCUGCAUGACAAAACUUGCCUUCAAUCCUAGUCCAGCAUGACAAGUUGGACACUGCAAGUUAGCGAAAUUUGUCAUGCAUUUUGUACAUGUACAGGAAAUUUCUAUUGCAUAGUGGAAAAGGAACUGAAACAGACUUUGGAGGAGGUAAACGACUUGAGGCACCAACUGAAUAAACUCCACGAGACGAUUGAAUCCAGUAUCAUUUGCAAAAACGACGUCCCCACCCCACAGUCAAGUUCGGAACCUAGCAACACAAAUCUCCAAGUUUUGGGAGCUGUGCAUGACAAGUUUCCCUCUGCAGUGUAGCGCUGAUUGGCAAGAGAAGCCGCAUGAGAAACCCACUUUCGCAUCCUGUCUACAGCAUUACAGAUUCCAAGACACGAUUGGAAAUUCCUCUCAUGGAGCUGUGCGCAUUACAAAUGUUCCUGUCAUUGCGCAUUUGCAUGACAGCUCUGGUGUGGGGACGUUUUUACCCAGGAUACCCAAGGGCGAAGAGUUGAUGUCGAAGAAUCGGCAGAACAGCAUACUCGAAUCCCGAAACCGCGCUUUAGAUCUCACACCAAAAAGAGUUAACGUUAACGGAAUUUGGCAUGCAGGAAUGCACGAGAAAAAGAGACGAUGCCCAAACUUGUAUUGCAUAGCAUGCAUGCUAGCGCAGAUUUGCCAUCCAUGACUGCAAUGCCCCAAAAGCAAAACCGUUAACGUUAACACUUUUUUCCUUGAUAUUAGAAGCGGAGUUCUUCGAAUUGAAAGAGACGCAGAAGAAGCAAAUUUUGAUUCUGAAGGAAGAAAUCGAACGGCUGCGAAGUCAGCUGCAAAAGAAGGAAAACACCAACGAAGAGGUGUAUCUGUCGAAAUUGGAACAGCUGCAACUGGAGAAGGAGACCAUUCUCUACCCAGAGUAAAAAUCUCCCGUGCAUUCACGUACAGCUGCGGUCUCUGCAUGACAAAACUUGGCUCCGAUCCUCUUUUAGCAUGACAAGCGUCCUCAACACAGCACGCCAAAUUGAUGAAAUUUGCGAUGCAGCUUGUACAUGUACGGGAGAUUUGUGUUGCAUAUCCUCGAUCGGUACGAACGAGAUAAGAAUAAGUUUGACUCCGAGCAGAAAAAGCUUCUUAUCCUGUGCAAAAGUAUCGCACUCGUAUGGCAGUCAUGCAUUACAAGUCUUAAGGUAAAUCAGCAUUACAAAUUUUGUUUCUCAUGCUGAGGAAAUGCAUUUAUACCACUACCAGUGCGAUACUUUAACUUUUGCACUGCAUACUUUUCCUAGAGGUGGAGUACUUCAAGCAAAUGUGGAAGAACAGCGAGGAAAACAACGAAAAGCAGCUACACGCGUUCGACGAGGUGUCAAAGCAAUGUAGUUUGAACGCGAAGAAGGCGAAACACUUUGAGGAGCAGUGCAUUCUGAUCGAACGGAAGAUUUACGAGAAGAAUGAAGAGCUGAGCACGACCAAGGAAUUCGUGAAGGAGUUGCAGGAGCUGGUGCGCUAUGCAGUGCAAAAGUAUCGCACUACCUGUAGUACUCGCAUGACAAAUUGGCUCAGCGUGACAAAUGGAAUUUGUCAUGCUGUUUUGCCUUGGGAUUGAGAUUUGUAAUGCAUGACUGCGAUUACUACGAGUGCGAUUAUACUUUUGCACAGGAUAUGCGAAAAUUACAGGAAGAAUUGAAAAACGCGGUGAAUAAGGGAGAAAAAUUGGCAAUGGAAGCCAUCCAACGAGAAGACAAAAUCGCGAAGUUAAAUGUUAGGUAGUACUUUAGCUUGUAUCCUGAACCACCAUUUUAUCGCGCACGAGCAUGCUCAUGCAUUACCAUGCGGAAUAAAACUACGACAGUAUCGCAACGGAACAACAUCCAGAGCACUCUUUCUUUACCUCUAUGAAUGUCAUACAGAGCACUGGGACCACAAACAGAUCAUGUUGAAAUGAAUUCCAUGAGCUUCAUCAAUUUCAACUUCACGCGAAAUUUGUCAAACCAAAAAUAACGAAAAACUAUCACCAGCCUCCGCGAAACCGAGCUGAAACUCGCCAGAGAAAUCGACCUGGAAAGGGAGCUGCAAAAACUCCACGAACUGCACUCCAACACAAAACUGGACAAGGACAAGCUGGCAUAUGAACUGUAAAAGUAUCGCACCAGUAUCUACAAAUUGCAUGACAAAUUGACUUAGCAUAACAAAUUGAAUUUGUAAUGCUGAUUUGCCUUAAGAGAAGAAUUUGUAAUGCAUAAAUGCAAUCUCAAUCAGUACGAGUACGAUACUUUUGCAGUGCAUAUGGCCCACAAGUCGCUGAUUCUGAACGAAGACUGUGAAAGACAAUCCCUCCGGAUAGAGAAACUGGAGAAGGAGAACCAGCUCUCCGAGGAAGCUUUUCAAAAGGAGAAACAGGAACGACUAGUCCUCGAGGAUCAGCUGGCGCAUGUUAUCCGCUCAGUAAAAACGUUUAUUCCACACGUCGACCCACGAACGGGGCCGCCCAUAGUUAAGAUGGGAUGAGGAACCCUUCCAGACUUGUUAGCAUGUUGACAAUAACAAAUCCCGAUCCCGAAGGAAGUACUAGAACAGUGACUAGUGAACAAUUAUGCCUCUCCUGGAAAGCGAAAGCCGCACGAGGAAGAGGAUCCCGCCGAGCAUGCAAAUUUGCAUGACACCGACACUCACCACGUGAGGGGGAAUUGUAUAGGUAGUUUUUACUGAGGAUACGCAUUAGGCGGGAAUUGGUCACGCUACACGACGCGAACGAGAAGCUGUUGGUAUCGUACGAAAAAAGUGUUUCACUGUAAGGAUUUUGCAGGUUUUGCAUCACAAGUUUUUCUACAUGACAGAGAAAAUUUGCCAUGCAAGGUUCCUAAGGGAAAACACAGCUAAAAAUCCACUGUCUUGCAUGUGUAGGAAGACAAACACUUGUGAAAUACAUUUUCUGCAUUACAAGUGUACAGUGAAGCAGUUUUUUCUGGCGAUACUUGGAAAUGAAAGAGGAAAAAGCCGCGGUAGAGGAUCGCUUGGCCGACAUUAUCCUGCCCAAAAGAUGUUGUGUUGUGGUUGUAUUGCACGUUUGCAUGCAGACGGCGAUUACAAAAAUGGUUGGUGUGACAGAUUUGCUGUUGUAUGUUACUCCUGAUUCUGCAUGACAAAAGACUCGGCUUCUGUAGAAGUUCCUGAAGAAGUCAUUUGCAUCUGCUAGAACUUAGAACUAGAACGCUGUGGUGCGUCGCUCAUACGACUUCUUUUGCAAUGUCCAUAAACAUAUCAAAUGUAAAAAUGUCUGGGUCCGGAAGAGUUCCAGACUUGUCAUGCAGGUUUUCCAUGACCCAUGAGGUCUGGCAUGUAGAUGUAGGACAUAGAAUGACAGACUCUGUGAGAGUUCUAUCAUGUCUAUCCUGCAUGAGAAACUGCCUCUCGAUCACGUCAAAAGUUGACAGCUUUUGGUAAUGAUGCAACACAGAAUUAUUUUGCAUGCUUCAGAUUUAGCAUGACAAGUUGCACUCUUCCAGACCCAGACACUUUUCCAGUUGAUAAAACUUGCGGAGGAGGCAAGUUCGGGACUCGGAAGAGAUGGAAAACAUGAAGAAACAGGUCGAAAACGCGGAGAAGCAGAGGCAAGAGGUGAAAAUUAUGCCCUGCUCUUCAAAUGGAGAACGAAUCUCAACUGGAACAACAUCAAGGUAGUAGAGUGAGAGUCGAAAUUAUCUGUCUUGCUCAAUAAACAGCACAGGUAGCUGCACGAGUAUGAUCUGCGUGCUUCGACCUUGCACGACAAAUAAUUUUGUCCGGAUUUAGUCGAUGCGGUUUGGCAGAGCAUUGCUAAGGGUGUCUCAUUCUAGACUUCACCAUCAACAUAACCAGACAAUUCACAUGUAUGUUUUUUACUUCACACGCAUUAUAGUUCCAGUUGAGCUUGUCCCAUCUGCUAAGGCGCCAUAGAAAUAGACUACGGGCGGUGUGCAGAGGAGAAACGACAGCUGAUGCAGGAGGUGGACGCGAAGACAAAAUGGAUAUCAGAGGUAUUAAUCUAGUGAAAGAAUUGUUCUUACGCAAAUGCAAAUCCUGCUAGAGUAACCGAUUUUGUGAUGCUCCUGCUGCUUCAAGUCAAUUUCAGCACAUUUUUUCAACGGAGAUCUUUCCAGCUGCUACGUUAAAAUUUUACCCCAGGCCCGGCAAAAGCUUGUUGAGUUCGAGGUCACGGACCGCGUAUGAGAGUGUAUAGCUUCUCUCCCCAUCAUCUGGUAACCAAAGGCAUAUGCAUCACUAGAGACUACACGUAAGAAGUAGUGAGUAAAUAGAUUGAGCCUGUUGUGCCUGCGCAUGACAAGUUCGUGCUGCGCACUGUAGAGGUACCGUUUGACAGCUUCGAGUAAAUUUGUCAUGCAAACACAAACAGUGCCACAAGUCAGCCGCAGCACCAUCUGCGUUUACCAUUCUGCACGACAAAUGAGGGAGACGAGCAGGGGGAAGCUGUGGCACUUUCAUACCGCUCCAAUUCCAUGCAGAAAGCAGAGAUCCAGCGGCUGCAGCAGGAACUCUCUACCCGAGAAAAUAUGCCAAGAAAAAACUGUUACAGUGACGCAUUGGGCUGCUGCAGACUAAGCAAGAGAGACGCGCUCUGUCAUGCAGGAUCUGCACACACAGUCACAGGGUCCACCCAGUUAGUUCAUAGUACUUUGUGUUCACCCUUGUGACCGCUGCAUUAAGACAAGUUUUGUCUGCCAUACCGUGCAAGUUUGUGAUGCUGAAAUCGCAUGACGUCGUGUCUAAGUGUAACACUUUUUUUUCUUGGAUAGACGACGAAGUUUCCUUACUUCUUAACCUGAGUGAAAACGUACCCACCCCCCCCGCCCAAGCCCCGUGUCUUCGUGUAAGUCUAAGUGCGUCGAUUUGCAUUUUUCACACUGACCCGACCACCACCCUCUGACGCGGCUCCACAGGAGAAGCCUGUUUGCCACUCCUAUGUGGAAGUGAUUUUUAGUGCAACAGUCAUGGGAAUGAUGAAGAGCCGGAUUUCGCGAAACAGUUUGAUGAGUGUACAGUUAAUAUGUACGAACUUUGCAUCACAAUAAAAAUAAAACUUUGAAAAUUCGCGGAGUCUUUGUGUUAAUAAAAAUAAAAUUUUGGAAAGUCGCGGAUUUGUCGCGUUAUUUGGAGAAAACACCAAAUACAUCUGAGCGAUCACAGACACAGAGUGUCCGUCUUUGGCUCAUUCAUUCAGUUUUACUGUUGAUAAAAAUGAAAUUUUAAAAUUUCGCGGAUUUGCCGUCUUCAUAAAAAUAAAAUUUUAAAAUUUCGCGGAUUUGGUAACUCGUCGCGAUCAUAGUGCUUCCAAUUCCGUCGGUCGGUAGUUACACGCCAUGCGAUCGUAGGCUUUUGAUUCAUUGUGUCGGGUCUUGGCGGGGUUUGUAGAGUAGAGGUUUUCCGUAUGAUAAUCCAACGCCAAAUCGCGCAGGACGCAGGGAUGCUGGACCGGACGCAGAGGCUGCUGCAGCGGAGCGAGCAGGAGAAUUCCGCCUGGCGCAAUGAGGACGUCUACUUGCGGAAAAUGCGGAACAACCUGGAGCGAAAUCAUCUGGCGUUUGAGCAGCAGUCCGCUCUCGUGCCUACUUCUGCGCCAACGAUUUCCAUAAAUCGGAUUCCAGCGCCAGAUCCACAUCAACGAGCAGCAGAGCCGGCAACUACGUCCAUCAAUAGUCACCGAAUCGUGCCGGUGCUCCCCAAUAGCAGCAGCAAGACCAGUACGGGCACCAUCCCGGUGGGAAGCUCCAGUAGGACUUUUGCGCCGUACAAGGUCGUGCCCACGCCGUCGCCUUUAUGAGAGUAGUGCACAACUUUCCCUCUCGUAGUAAGCAGCAAUACAGACAGGAGCAGCACACAUCGACAUGAUGGGGCCUGUGCAUAACAAGUUCUUCUGGGGUCAAGUGUAGUGGUUCUGUAGUUUGGGCUACUUCCGCAAUUGGUCAUGCAAACAGUGCCACGAGGCAGAAAAAGAAAAUGGAUUCAUUGGUGAUCAUCGUGCAUGACAAACACAAGCGAGGGCGUCGAGGAGAAGUGGUUAGUUGCCCACUCUCAUAGCCAUCGAGUAGACGGGCCUUGGAGGCAGAGGAGGCGGUGGAAAGGAGUUCGCUAGCGGAGCUCCGGGAGCAACAGAGAAAGACGUCGCAAUUGUUGCGGUAUUUGUCGUGAUGAGGAGGAGGUGCUAUUUUAAUAACGGCACUCAUUAUACAUGAUAGGGGUGAACGGGAACUUGUUGUGUUUGGUUGAGAACAGACGGUCACUAUGGCUGGCGCAACUAUUAACAAUAGUACUAUGACGAGUCCAUCGCGUUGUACUCGUUUUCAUUUUUCACAUUCUAGUUUAAACCUAAAUCACAAGAACUAAGUUUUUGGAUAACUAAAACGGGGGGUCUUGUGCCCCUUAUCCGUUCAAAAGUUUUAUCAUUACGCAUAUAGAUAGAAGCAAGUGCGUUUCACAACCUCCGGCCGUUCCUGAUCACAAUGACACGAUUAUAAGCUCGUCGCUUGCACCAGUUACUUACACGAACGUAUCGAUUUGCUAAUGUUUGAGUUUGGAUUUGGACGAUAACGAUAUGGCAAAAUGUAAUUUGCUCCUGCUCGUCCUGCACCCGCACGACGCACUCUUUUUUUUAAGAGCAUCAUGAUUUCGAAUUUAUAGAGUAGUACUAGAUCAUCCUGUAUAAUUGGCGGAAUCUUCAGAAACGAACCAUGUUUCGACGAAUGAAUAACUUUAAAUUGUAAUAUGUCGCUAGCAUUAUGGCGGUAGUGGUAUGCCACGC